AUGGCAACAACUGUCAAAAAACUUGAAUGUCAUCGUAAAAAAGAAAAUUUUUUACGACAAUUUCGAGAUGAACAAAGUAAAGAAUUGAAACAAUUAACUGCAGCACAAUUUAUGGAAAUUUGGAGUCAUUAUGAUAUUGAUAGUAAUGGUUAUAUUGAAGGUCAUGAAUUAGAUAAUCUACUUCAAGAACUUGCAUCGUCUGUUAAUUUAAGCGAUACAAAUUUAGAUACGAUCCCAGAUACUAUAUUUCGAGAAUUAAAAGAAUGUUUUUUAGAUGCUUAUGAUGAAAAUGCAGAUGGUCGUAUUGAAAUUGGAGAAUUAGCUGAAAUAUUACCUAUGGAAGAAAAUUUUCUUCUUCUUUUUCGUAAAGAUAAUCCAUUGGAAUCAAGUGUAGAUUUUAUGAGGGUAUGGAAACAAUUUGAUAUAGAUUGUUCAGGUUAUAUUGAAGCUGAUGAAUUAAAACAAUUUAUUAAAACACUUUUAAAUAAACGACAAGGAAAUAAAGUAACCGAAGAAAAAUUAAUUGAAUAUACAGAUUCUAUUCUACAUAUUUUUGAUACAAAUGGCGAUGGAAAAUUACAAUUUAGUGAAAUGACGAAACUUUUACCUGUAAAAGAAAAUUUUCUUUUACGGCCAAUUUUCAAAGGUUAUUCAUCUCUAACUUCACAAGAUCUCGAUAGAGUUUUUCAACUUUAUGAUAAAGAUGGUAAUAACUUUAUUGAAGAAGAAGAAUUAGAUGGUUUUGUCAAAGAUCUUGUGGAUCUUAUUAGAAAGGACUAUGACAAUGAUGAUUUACAACAAUUUAAACGAUCAUUAUUAAACGGAUGUGAUGUCAAUCGGGAUAAAAAAAUUAGCAAAGCUGAACUUAAAAUGGUUUUAUUAGCAUUAAGUCAAUAA